CUCGCGACGCUGACGCGCGAAUUGUACCGCAAUGACGCUACACAUCAGUGUUUGGUAACAAGCAUGUUAUGAAAACGUGCGGUUGUGUCCCAUGCCCGCUGCUCACUUCCAGGUGUGGAGCGAAUGAACAGGAUAGUUUGUGCAGCUUCGUCUGUUCCAACAAAAUGCCUGAGGGACCGGAGCUCCACCUAGCCAGCCUAUUCGUGAACAAAAUGUGUGCUGGGGUGGUGUUUACUGGACCGGUGAGAAAAUCUGAGGUCAGCAAGAGUCCUGACGUACCCUUCACCUGCGACGCCUACUGCAUCACAGCUGCUUCCAGAGGGAAGGAAGUGAAGCUCACACUGACCCCCAUGAAGAGUGAUGGUGCUAAACGGGGAGGGAAGGCAGGACAGGCAGACCAGCCCAUGGACGUUGUCUUUCGCUUUGGGAUGUCGGGCUUUUUCCGCUUCACCACAGAGGAUGAGCUCCCCAAACAUGCCCAUUUACGUUUUUAUUCCACAGAGAAGCCCUGCAGAGUGCUGAGCUUUGUUGAUACACGCAGGUUUGGCAGCUGGCAGCCCGAUGGGACUUGGCAGGCUGGCAGAGGGCCCUGCAUCAUGUUUGAGUACAAGAGCUUUAGGGAGAACGUUGUGUCGCACCUUUCUGACCGUGCCUUUGAUAGGCCCAUCUGUGAAGUCCUCCUGAAUCAGAAGUUCUUCAAUGGCAUCGGGAAUUAUCUGAGGGCUGAAAUCCUCUUCAGGUUGAACAUUCCGCCCUUCGUGCCCGCCAGAACCGUACUGGAAGGCCUUGAGUCAGAAGAUUUAUCUGACAGACGUGUGAAGAAUGAGAUCACAGACGCAAAGACGUCAGACCAAGCUAAAAAGAAAGUAGUGAAAGAGGAGGUGGGGGACCUGCUCAGACUGUGUCAUACUGUACCUCUGGAGGUGGUUAACCUCGGUGGAAAGGGCUAUGAUCCAGAGAAGGCCGACUACUCUGACUUUGAGGCCUGGCUGCAGUGUUACUACGUGGAUGGAAUGAAAUCUAUCCGGGACCACAACGGCAGAACCAUGUGGUUCAAAGGGGAUCCAGGCCCGAUGGCACCGAAAGAUUCAAAGUCACCCAAGGCAAAAAAGAGAGCAAAGAAAAAAGAUGACCAUGAUUACACAGACAAGAAGGUGGCCAGGAGUCGCUCUGAAAGCACAGUAAAGAACAAAGUGGUGAAAAAGGAAACCGUGACCAAACCGCUAAAGAAAGAGGAGGAUGCAAAUGUGGAGGAAGCCAGAUCCAAAAGAAAGACUGAAAAAUCCUGCAAAGUAAAUACACAUCCGCAUGAAAGGGGAUCUACUGCACGUAGGGGGAAGAGCAGUAGUGCAGAGUCAACUGCAGGCUCACAGUGGCGGAGCAGCAGAGUUACCAGAGCGAACAGCAAAUAAAGAUGGAAAAGAGGGGAAGAAUAACUACAGGGGUUGGGUUUUUUAUACUAUUACAUUUUUUUAAUAAAACAUUUUUCUUCAAAAGUU